AUGUCUAACCAUUCGCCCUCGCCAACAAAAGAGAGCGUUCCUAAGCCAGCACCGCAUUUAUUAUCGUCACCAACAAUCAACAACCCGCCUAGUCCACGAACCCAUCGCGCCCUUCGACGCCUCCAAUCCGCGCAUACCUUAGGACAAGCAAACCAACCUUCCUUAAUAUCUCAACAGCAUAAACAAGUAUUACAACGGAAUCAAUCGCCCGCGAGCAAUCCGUCGUUCUCUAGCCAUAGUCGAGGAAGAUCCAAUAGUGAUGCUACGAUGACCGCUACUCCGGGCUCUGCAGCAGGCAGACGACCGAUAUCUGGAAAGAGACCUAUUGCUGCCGACGCGCUCUCUUUGGAUCGAUUGAUUCGAGAGGGUCCUCCAGAUGGGGACGUAGCUGGCGCAUUGGAGAGCACGCGACUCAAAAUAUUAGAUCAAGGCAUAAAGAGUGAUAGUGAUGGCAUGUCAUCUCUGCGCAUCUACGUCUGGCUCAUCCUCCUCAACGCCCCAAUCCUAGAAACAGAUUCCUACCUCGCCCUCAUCCACCGCGGUGCCUCCCCCGCCUACUCCAAGAUCCGCAACGAUACCUUCCGAACCCUAGCCACCGAUCCCCUCUUCCGUCGACGCGUCAGUGAAGCAAGUCUCAUCCGCCUCUUGAACGCCGUUGCAUGGAAACUACACGAUGCGAAAGAAACCCGAAGCGACUCUCUGUCUUCUUCGGCCGCAGCAGCAGGAAAGGUCACACAUACAGCCAACGCACAUGGAAGUCCGGAACUGCAAUCUUCGACGCCGGCUAUGAAGUCCAGAGCAAGAGCGUUGACUCUCACGACCGAAGGGUCAGAAGCCGGAGCCAGCGAGCCAGGAACCUACGUCCAAGGCAUGAACGUCCUCGCCGCGCCGUUCCUGUAUGCAGCGCGCAGCGAAGCUGAAGCGUUUAUUGCCUUUCACCGCUUCAUCACCGUCGAGUGUCCGGGCUAUGUUCGCGGCGCUAUGGAUGGUGUACACAAAGGUCUCGCUCUCGUGGACAAGGUUCUCGCUAUUGUGGACCCGAAAUUAUCUCUGUAUCUGAUCGGAAAGGGUAUGAAUGCCGAACUAUACGCUUUUGCCUCUGUCUUGACAAUGUGUGCCUGUACGCCUCCGCUGCCGGAGGUGUUGCGGUUGUGGGAUUUUCUGUUUGCGUACGGAGCACACUUGAAUAUCUUGUGUAUUGUGGCUCAAUUGGUUAUUCUUAGGAAUUCGAUUCUGAGUUCUCCAAGUCCGACGAAGAUUUUGAGAUCGUUUCCUCCGCUUCAGGCGGAGAUGAUUAAAGAGGUUACGUUGACGCUUAUCAAGAAGAUUCCGGAUGAUGUUUAUGCGGAGAUCGUGGCUCAUGCGAAGUGA